UGCCAGCGAUUCGUUCAACGUAACGGUAACGGCUAGGCAGAGCGAAGCGCGCCAGCAAACGACGUCAACGUCGUGGGCGUCGCUUGCCUCGUAUACGUAUACUACGACCCGUACCCAAGUACCGUUAGUCGAGCCGCAGUCCACGGAUCGUGUGUGUGUCUCCGCCUGUGUGUGUGUGUGUGUGUGUGUGUGUGUGAUACUCUCAAGAUCAUUUCUUUUUGUUUGUGUUUUUGUUAAGUGAAAGACGGUAGUGAGUGACAGAAAUCCGGAAUCCGGACCCGGUAGUGGCCGCGGCACCGGAACUAGAUCACGCCGUGGCCAUGUACAGCACCAGCGCCGAGGAUGCAGCCCACGCGGCCGACACCUACAAGGCCUUGGUGGACUACUAUGCGAACGCACGGAGCGCCGCCAGCCACAUCGUCUCGCUGACGCUGUCGCCGCUGAACGAAACGCUGUCGCUGGGCCUGGCCGACGCCGGCAAUGGCAGCAGCAGCGGCGCUGGCCCGGGCGGCAAUGCCAGCAGCAGCGCUGAUGACGACAUGGAUGCACUGGGCGCUGGCCAAUUCUUCUUGAUACCCGAUGGCGCCCCAACAGAGAGGAGCAUUGGAGCACCGUCAGCCGCAGCCGCAGCGGCAGCUGGCGGCGCUGGCAGCGGCAGCGGUGGCAGCAGCACCGCCAGCAGCGCCACCGAAAUGCCCGCCUGGCUAAUACCCAGCUACAGCCUGAUCCUGCUCUGCGCCAUCGUGGGCAAUCUGCUGGUGAUAUCCACGCUGAUGCAGAACCGCCGCAUGCGCACCAUCACCAAUCUCUUUCUGCUCAACCUGGCCAUCUCGGACAUGCUGCUGGGCGUGCUCUGCAUGCCCGUCACACUCGUCGGCACGCUGUUGCGCAACUUCAUCUUUGGCGAGUUCCUCUGCAAGCUCAUUCAGUUCUCGCAGGCUGCCUCUGUGGCCGUCUCCUCCUGGACCCUGGUGGCCAUCAGCUGCGAGCGUUAUUAUGCCAUUUGUCAUCCGUUGCGGUCGAGGUCCUGGCAGACAAUUAGCCAUGCCUACAAGAUAAUCGGAUUCAUAUGGCUGGGUGGCAUUCUGUGCAUGACACCGAUAGCCGUAUUCAGUCAAUUGAUACCAACGAGCCGGCCAGGUUUCUGCAAAUGCCGCGAACACUGGCCCGACCAGGGCUACGAGCGUUUCUAUAAUAUUAUGCUGGAUCUCAUUCUGCUCGUGCUGCCCCUGCUGGUGCUCUGCGUCGCGUACAUCCUAAUAACACGCACUCUCUACGUGGGCAUGGUUGUGGGCAAGGAUGUGCGCACAUUGCCAGCGAGCAGUGGCAGUGCCCAGACGAUGGCAACGGCGGCGAUAAGCGCUACGCCUGGCAGCAGCAGCUGCGUUCUGGUCCUGAAUGUAACGGCCGACUACAAUGAGAGCAGCAGCAGCAACAACAACAACGCAACGCGAAGCACAACAACAACAACAACAGCAGCAGCAGCAGCAGCGGCAACAGCAACAACGACACUUACAACGACAACAACAACAACGACAUUGACAACCGUUACGCCGGCAAAGACCCCAACCGCCUCGCCGAGUCUACGCAUCCACGACGCGGCGCUGCGCAGAUCCAACGAGGCCAAGACGCUGGAGAGCAAGAAGCGUGUGGUGAAGAUGCUGUUCGUGCUGGUGCUGGAGUUCUUCAUCUGCUGGACGCCGCUGUAUGUGAUCAACACGCUGAGCAUGUUCAUCGGGCAGGCGCUGUACGAGUACAUUGACUACACCACGAUCAGUUUUCUGCAGCUGCUGGCCUACUCCUCCAGCUGCUGCAAUCCGAUUACCUAUUGCUUCAUGAACGCCAGCUUCCGGCGCGCCUUUGUUGACACCUUCAAGGGAUUGCCGUGGAAGCGCGCCGGCACGGCGGGCGGCCAGCUGUCGGCCAGCCAAGCGAAUGCCAAUCCCGGCCUGGUCAUGGGCCUGGACACCUGGCGCACACGAUCGCGCCACGAUCAGCAGGUGAACUCGGUGGUCUAUACGAACAGUGCCGUUGCUGCCGACAGUCCGCAGCUCUAAGGAUCUCUCUGCUGGGAUCGGACGCACGUUUGGGAUUAGUUGUCUAUCUAACUACUAGAUAUAUAUAUAUUUGUAUAUAUAUAUAUAUAUAUUGCGUGUAAAUAUGUAAAUGUCGCUUGGGUUUUUUUUUUUUUUGGUAGCUUUUAUUUUUACAUAACAAUUUAAUAACUAAGUAUUUUCGAUGUUUCAAUUACAUAAAAUUCCUAAGGGUUCCAACAAUAAAUAAUAAAAAUCAAACUAAUAAAAUACCAA